AUGGGAAAAAGAGUGAUAGUGACAAAGAGAGGGGAAGCGGUGGUGGUGGCUGGGUGGCAGGUGGUGGUAGCUAGGUGCUUGCACGAUAAAGCUCUUAAUGCUGUAGACAGACCGGAUAUUAUCUCUAGAUUAUUCAAGUGUAAAUUGGAUCAUCUUAUAAAAGAUUUCAAGAAACAUAAAUUCUUUGGUGAUAUACAAGCAGCCCACAGUUCAAAUAUUUCAGUUAUGUAUACAGUGGAAUUUCAGAAGUGUGGUCUCCCACAUGCUCACAUAUGUUUGUUCUUGGGUGCUGAAAGCAAAUUUCCAAAUGCAUCUGAUAUUGAUCGUGUUAUUACUGCUGAGAUACCAGAUAAAGAAAGAGAUCCUGAAUUAUAUGAGCUUGUCAAAUAUAUCUCUGCUUGUGAAGCUGCUUGGAGAAUAUUCAUGUAUGAUAUACAUUAUAGAUAUCCAGUUGUUGAAGUAUUACCUUUUCAAUGUGAAGAUGGUCAGAGUAUUGUGUAUAACGAUCAUGAUAAUUUGUGUGAUAAUGUUACUGAUCCAACUGUGAAAAUGACAAUGUUUACAGAGUGGAUGAAUUGUAAUAAAGUCAAUGAAUUUUCCAGGACAUUGAGGUAUGUUCAGUUUCCAAGAUAUUAUGUAUGGAAUGCUAAAAAUCGCAAAUGGAAUCGAAGAAAGCAUCCGUAUGGAUCAAUUGGGAGUGUACAUUAUGUCCCACCAUCACUUGAUGCAUGUUUUGCACGGGGGCUGUUGGAUGAUGAUAAAGAAUAUGUUAAUGCUGUCAAAGAAGCUAGCACAUGGUCAACCAGAGAUUUCUUGAUGACCUUUUUUGUAAUGUUGUUGCUGUCAAAUUCGAUAUCUCGUCCUGGUGUUUUUUGGUCAGAAACGAAGUCCCUGUUAUGUGAAGACAUUCUGUAUCAGCAACGAAAGAUAACUGGUAUUGCAGAUUUGGAUAUUCAACAAGAAGAACUUGAAAAUAUCUGUCUAUCUGAAAUUGAAAAGUUGCUACUUACCAAUGGAAGUAUAGUGAGAAAUUUUUAUGAUAUGCCAAGUGUUCCGGACAAUUAUGUUUCAUCGUCGAACAAUCGACUGAUAAUGAAAGAAUUAUCGUAUGACAGACUAGCUCUUCAAAGGGAACAUGAUCGUUAUUGGAAUUGCUCACUUUUGCUGGAUGGUGGUAGAACUGCUCAUUCAAGGUUUGUAAUUCCAAUCAACAUUAAGGAGAAUUCAAUAUGUUCGAUAGAGCCUAAUACUGAGUUAGGUGAUUUAAUUAAAAGAGCAACAUUGAUUAUUUGGGAUGAAGCACCUAUGACUCACAAGCAUUGUUUCGAGGCUCUUGAUAGAACAAUGAGAGACAUAUCACGUUCCAGUCAACCGAACAUGCAAUCGAAGCCGUUUGGGGGAAAGGUCAUUCUAUUUGGUGGUGAUUUUAGACAAAUUCUUUCGGUCAUCCCUAAAGGUACCAGAACAAUGAUAGUCAAUGCUUCUUUGAAUUCUUCUUAUAUAUGGCGGCACUGUCAAGUACUAAAGCUAACUGAGAAUAUGAGAUUAAGAGUUAGUUGUCAGGAAGCAGAUUUGAAAGAAAUAAAGGAAUUUGGAGAAUGGAUUUUAAAGCUUGGUGAUGGUCUGCUUGGUGAAGAAAAUGAUGGUGAGAUUGAUAUUAAAAUACCAGAUGAUUUACUUAUUCAUGACCAAGUCAAUCCUAUUUCUUCUCUCAUUUCAUUUAUAUAUCCGGACAUGAAUAAUUUUUUGUGGGAUUUAACGUAUUUCCAACAAAGAACGAUUCUUGCUCCAACUAAUGAAGUAGUGGAUUCAAUAAAUAAAGAGUUGUUAGAGUGUCUGCCCGGUGAAGAAAAGGUUUAUUUUAGUUCAGAUAGUUUAUGCCAAUCGGAGGAAGAAUCAGAGCUUAAUAUGGAAUUGUUUCCUCCUGAUGUGUUAAACAAUCUUCGUUUAUCUGGUUUACCAAACCAUAAAUUAGUACUGAAACUUGGUGCUCCGAUGAUGUUAAUCAGAAACAUUGAUCAGGCAAAUGGAUUGUGUAAUGGAACACUUAACAAUUUCCUCAAAAGAAAAGAACCAUCUUCAAGUGAAAUUCCAUCCGGUAAUAGCCCGAGUCCUAGACCUAUCUCAACUCCUUCUUUGCCUAAAUUAGUUGAUGUUGAUAAUCUUCCUUGGGAUCCUGCUGAUAGGAUAAGAAUUAUAGAUUAUCAUCCAAAUUAA